ACCCCCACAGUAGCAUCUUUCUUUACUUUUCAGUGCCAAGAUUGCUUUUUUUUUUACUUCCUUGCUUGGUCUUUAAUGGCUGCCCCACAAGCCCACAGCUAAUUUUCUUUGUGUAAAUACGUGGGUCGGUGUUUUAGUUAUCUGGGGUUCUCUCUUUUAGUCUUUUUGGUCGGUAUUGGAUACCCUUAUAGCCCAAAGUGAAAAAAAGAAGACCCUCUCUGGUUGAUAAAAUCUCCCUUGAUAUUGUUUAUAGGGAAAAAAAAGAGUUUUUUAUUCUCUUCAAAACGUGCCAAAGGGGAAGUGUUUGUUGUUUGUGAUGGUUACCUGUUUAGUUUUCUCUUAAUUGCAUGAUUCAUGUGAUAAGAAAGUUUCAAUCUUGGUGAAGAUCCUUUUGUGGGUGCCUCUUAAUUGAUGAAAAAAGAUAGGCUAUUGUAGUAUCAACAAUUUGAAUAGAGUGCACUGAAGUCAAUAAGUUAACGAAUAUGGCAAAGAGAUCACAUCGCCAUGCUCUGAGAUAUGAGAAGGAUCGAGCGGGUUGCAUUUGGGGUUUGAUUAGCAUCUUUGACUUCCGCCAUGGUCGAGCCACUAGAAAGUUACUCUCAGAUAGAACGCGAGGAAGCAAACCAGCUCUUGGUAAGAAUCUAGCAGGUUCUGCUUCUUCAAGCUCUAUGCAGGAAUUACCAAAUCCCAGUGAUGAUAGACUGAAUAUUGAGGAUGAUGAAGAAAGUGAGGUAGCUGUACCUGAUCCUAGAACAAGUGUAAAGGAGCUCAUGGAAGAAGAAAUGGUCAAUGAGCAAAGCCUGAAAGAUCAGUGCAAUGGUUCUGAAAUAGACGCAGAAGAUGUUGAUUCACAAAAAUCAUGGCGUUCCAGAAAAAACAGCAGGCGAACACGCAGAGCUUUCUCCAGACCUAGUAAUACACACUCUCAUGAUUUGGAUGAUGCAGGAAAUUUGAGGUCUGAAGCACCUUGUCAUCAAGAUUCUGGAGGGACUGCCCCCGAUGAUCUGGACAUUGUAAUGGAAGAACUCCGCCAGAUUCAUCAGAAAAAUCGUAAGUUUGUGAAGCUCCGCCAAGGUUCACAUAAUGCUCAUAACAAUCAGUCAGAUCAGACUCACCCAGUUGUUGAAGAAAAGGUAAAUGCAGCAAUUGAGGUGUUUAUCAAUCAGAGAUCAAGAAACAAUAAACAAUUGGGAGAAGAUAACAAGACCCUCCAAUCAAAAGAAUUCAUGGAUGCUCUGCAGACUCUAAGUUCAAAUAAGGACUUAAUCAUGAGACUCCUACAAGAUCCAAACUCAAGGCUGGUAAAGCAAAUUGGAAGUUUGGAGGAUGCUCAGUUUGAGGAAAAGCAGAGACCUAACUUGAUUUCAGAAUCCAAUAUGUCAGAGGAAAACCAUGUUCAUGCAAAAACAGAUGAUGUCAUAAACCACAAACAACGCAAGUUUUUCAGGAGGGGCAAGUCUCAAGAAAUUUACCCUCCAAUGGGAAAUGAGACUCCCCGAUCCUCAAGUAAAAUUGUUAUUUUGAAGCCUGGUCCAACAGGCUUGCAAUCACCCAGUGCUCAAAUCAAUGUUAACACUCCAGCGCGCUCGCAAUACACAGAGAAACAUACUAUUCAGAAUGAAAGAAACACAUCCCAGUUCUCAUUUACAGAAAUUAAAAGAAAACUCAAGCAUGCAAUGGGAAAGGAUCGUCAUGGGAUCUCUCCUGAAGGAACCAUCCGCCGAUUUCCCUCUGAGCAGUUAAAGCGAUGUAACAGUGACAGAGGGAUCUUUGGAGAAAAUUUAGGAUGGAGUUCUCCUAAUAGAGACCAUUUUUAUACUGAAAAAUUUGCUAAAUCUCCUCUGGGAAUGAAGAGUGGGGAUAAGAUAGUCAAGUCAAAAGGUGUUGAAGCAGUUACACUGACUGAGGCUUCUGACUUUCCCAGGCCAGGAAUGUCUAACAUCUACAUUGAGGCAAAGAAGCACCUUGUGGAGAUGCUAGACAAUGAAGAUGAGACAACAGAGGUGAGUAGUGGACAGUUGUCUAAAUCCUUGGGGAGGAUACUUUCAUUUCCCGAGUACAAUAGUUCACCUGGCUGCAGCCCGAGAAAAAACAGCAAGGAUGGCAUGCUACCUUCCCAAGUGAGGGAGCCUCUUACUGAUUCUAUACAGGGAGAGAAUGAUGACAGACUCCAGCAUGUACGAGAAGACCAUGUUACAGGUCCAAGUCCAUCCAGCCAAGACAUAGAGAUAGAAUCUAGCUGUUCUGACGAGUAUCCUAAUGAGAGCACCAAGUCUGCCAGUACAAAUCUAGACGUUCCAUGUGAAAAUGGGAACACAAUGGAUGAAAUUGCUGCUUCAACUGAUCAUACAAGUCCUGAAGGAGAUCUAACUGAAGAAGCAACCAAAACCAGAUGCCAAGAAGAAGGUGAAAUCUUGAGUGUUCCAAUUGAUAGAGAAAUCCAAGUUGAUGGUGAUGCUACCAAUGCAGUGGAUGAUGGAAACUCUUCCCAUGGAUUUGAAUUGUCAUUUGACUGCUUAAAAGAACAUCCAUCUGGGAAGGAUCAAAGUAGUCUAUCUUCUUCACCAGCCUCACCUGCAGAGUCUUCAAGCCUCAGGAAAGUUGAAGAUCCUGACAGUGCAGUUGAUAGAAAGGAGCAACCUAGUCCCAUAUCAGUUCUUGAGCCAUUAUUCUCAGAGGAUGAUGUCAGUCCUGCAAGCACCAUAUGCCGACCAGUUCAAUUGCAUACAGUUGAUCCAGAAAUUCAACCACGGAAAAUCUAUUUCGAAGAACCAGUGUCUUCCAUCAGUGAACAAGAUUGUCCAAUAGUUUGUUUCGAAAAUGAAGAAUCCGCUUUUGAAUAUGUAGAAGCAGUUCUUCUUGGCUCAGGAUUAAGUUGGGAUGAGUUUCUCUUAAGGUGGCUUUCUUCUGACCAAAUUCUUGACCCAUCAUUAUUUGACGAGGUAGAGUUAUUUUCAAGCCGUUCUUGUCAUGAUCAAAAGGUCCUUUUUGAUUGUGCAAAUGAAGUUCUUAAAGCAGUAUGUGAGCGCUAUUUUGGCUGCAACCCCAGAGUGUCACUCGGUAAACAUAACAUUCGACCUGUUCCAAAAGGGAUGGACCUGAUAAAUGAAGUAUGGGAGGGAGUAGAAUGGUAUCUUCUCCAAUAUUCAGCUCCUCAUUCUUUGGAACAGCUUGUCAAAAAAGACAUGGAAAGAUCAGGGACAUGGAUGAAUCUCCGAUUGGAUCUUGGACAUAUCGGAAUUGAGAUGGGGGAGAUUAUUCUGGAAGAGUUGAUGGAUGACACAAUUUUGAGCAUUUCUGGUGAUACUUUGGAGUGUGCAGAAGAUGUUCUCUUACCAGCCAUGAGUGAAACUGAGAGUAGCGUGGACCAGUAACCAGACCUGUCUCUCUGUAGAAACUAAGAGAAGGCUUCCCUAGACUCUAGAUAACAAAGUAGACCAUGCUACUCUUGUGAACCAAAAAUGGCGUAAAAUCUUGAUAUCUCAACUAAUCAUUUCACCUCUCAUCUAGGUUCUUGCCUAGAGUGCUUCAUAUACACUUUCUUCUCCUAGCAACACUACUUACUUUUAUGACAAUAGUAUAACAGACUUCCAUGCAAAAGCUAAGCCAAUAAAGUAUAAUGUGUGGCACCAGGGAUCAGAGAACUCCUCAUUGAUUCAAUUGCUUUUUAAGAAAUCAGAUGGUGCUAGUUCCUCCUGGGGAAAUUGUCAUGACAUGUAGAAUGUGUUUUGUGUGGUUUGUUAAUGUGUGUUUUACCUACAUGUAUUUAGAUUUCCUUUUUCCUUUUUGCGUGGCAGAUUGGUUGUUGAGGCUUUGGGUGUUUGACACAGGUCAUCCUUUUUUAGUCCCUCUUUUUCUCUUAGAUAGACUUUUCUCUUGUAAGUACAAAGUGAUUGUAACUGAAAAUUACAUCAAAGUAGAAAAGAAAGAAAUAAUAUCUUGACAUGGUUGUUUGUAUCA